GCUGCAGAACUCCACCUCUCAGACGCAAUAAAAUAAAAUAAAAUGACUCCUGUCGGGUUGGACCAACCUCCGCGUAAACGAGCGCUCUGGAUCGCCCUGAAGCGCCUUGACCAACCCGAUGGAGUCGUGGCCCUUCGAGAAGUCUCCUUUCCUUCCACAGCUCAGGUGACCACAAUCAAACAGAUCAUCACCGACACCUUUGGGCUGAACUCUCCCAACGUUGUAUUGAAGGUAAGGAAUCACCACGGCCAUCUGAUCCCUCUGAACAGCUCCAUGCCUGCGAACAGCAAACACACGCCACACACGCUCGAGGUGACCAGGUUCUUUCAACACGUGCGGCCCAAACCCAGAACCGUUCCAGUGACUGUGAUCAACAAGAGCCUGAAGACCAGACUGCAGGCCAUAGACAGGAGGAUCCAGAGACUGAAUGAGCUUCUGCCUCAGAUCAAAUGUCGUCACAAUGAAAAACGGAUGCAGGAGAUUGAAUGUCUCGACCAGCAGCUGAGGUUUCUUUAUCAGAAAAUGCAGGUGGCAGAUUCUCACAGCUGGAAAGGUGUUCUGAGCAGAGCCCCUCUUUGGUAGAGCGACGUCUCUGACUGGCGGUUUUCCUGCAUCGUCCUGAUUUCCCUUUGUCUCCCACAUGGUGUAUGAAUAACAACAGACAGCAUAAGAUUCUACAAUCAGUAGCUCGUUAGUCUAAAUGUCGCUUUAUAUUGUUACACAAUGAAAUUAAAAGGAUAGAGAUUAACAGAUGUUAAAAGACAAGGAACAGGAGAGACUUCAUUGUAGCAGAUUUUAACCCUGUAUUCUACUUUAGCUAUUUUCUUUUAUUUCUGACCUUUUAAAGGCUUAUUUUAUUUUCCAUGGUAGGUAUGAAAGCACUUUUUAUCAAAACAAUUGUGCUGUUUCUCUUGAAAAAGAGAUUUUAUUAGUAGGUAGGUAGGGAGACAGACCCAAAGUAAUUAAGUGUAAAUGUAAGUGUUUGUAUUUGUGUGAAGCUAAGGAAUUAAAAAAUAUUUUAAUUCACUAUGUCACUAUAAUAAUAAUAGAACUUUAUUGA